UCUCAAACUAAGCGUUCACCACCAUGCAAUGCUGUCUAGGCCUAGGUCCCGAUUCAGUAAGAUGUUGAGUGUUGGCGGGAGUGUACGCAUUGCUAAUCACAUACGCACGUGAUCCACCUGAACGUUCUUCAUUCGUACAGGCCUUAAGGUCUUAGUACUAUGAACCGCAAAAGGGAAAAGGUUAUGUUUACAUGGCUGAAUAAGGCCAAGGCCUCCCCCAGAAAGCUCAUGAAGAACAGCGUGGGUGUGGCACAGCCAACAUGCUGGGAUGGAGAUGAUCAGGAUGGUGGUAUAAGAGAGGUUGGCUCUCCUGGCCUGAACACAUCUACUGGGUCAGCUGGACUGGGCGACAUGGAGAACAUGUGUCUCAGCACCCCACGCAGUACACCCAAAGCACGCAUAAAACUGACUGGACGCCACAGAGCACUGUUGAAAAAAACCAGUCCUGGUGAGGACACUGUUUCAGGUCAACAGGCCUCUGUUGGACCUUCACCUCCUUCUGCUGGAAAGAAAUGCAUGAGUCCAGAAGAAGGGCAGAAAGUCAUUCUCCUCAAAGCGCUGAAUGAUGCGAUGGGGAAUGCAAACAAAACUUCAAUUGGUGGGCAUAAAAGUCUAUCUGUAAAGAAAACCCCAGACAAGCUUAUAAAGGCAGUUGAGGAGGAAAGCACAUCUGAGCUUGACUGCUGCUCAUUCAGUGAGAAGAUUGAACAACUGAUCGCGACUACAGAUGACAAGCCUCCCCCGCUGGAGUUCAUAGACACAGAAGAUGAUGGGACAGAAAUAAAGCUGGACACCAGGAGUGUGAUCCUAAAGCGUCCAGAGUCGCCGGAUUGGUCAGAUGUUGAGGACUCGGAGCAGGUUGAAGUUUUCUCACAGGAUGAGUCUUUCGAAACAAAGAGGCGACAAACAGCUGAGCUUAAAAAGGAAUGUGAGUUUGUGGACUAUAGUGACACACUUCCAGCUUUGGAAUGCCAUCCUUACUCUUUAUCUCCAGCUUUAAAGCCUUCAACAUUCCCUCAAGCAGAAGUGGAUAACAGUUUCCCAACCGUCCCAGCCAGGGGUGUGGCGCUUUUGUCAGAGCAUUCACCUCAGAAUAAAGCCUCUGACUUCACUCCACCCAAGAACUACACGCCUUGUAGGACAGUCAGAGGGUCCCUCAAAAUACAAGCGUCUGUCAUCAGCUCUUCUCCACUGGUCGAUGCUUUCCCCGGGCUCAGAACCUUUGCCUCCACCCCAUAUACACCUGGUUACUGGGAUUACUCGCACCUUACUACACGCAGGACUUCAGAAUCAAAUAUUUAUGCAUCCUCACGGAUGCUCCUCACUGGGGACGGUGCCACUCGCAGGAUCUCUCUUGGCUCGGAGCCCCUCUGGCUGUCAGAUUUGAACUACUCACAAGCAGAUUCUGCAGGAUUCAUUGACACACACUGUCAUCUUGACAUGCUCUAUGGGAAGUUGGGUUUCCAAGGAAGUUUCCAAAAGUUUCGGAGAGUGUAUGCGAGUACUUUCCCAAGGGAGUUUAGGGGCUGCAUUGCGGACUUCUGCAACCCACGAAUCACAGAGAGAGAGGCUAUCUGGGAAGGGCUACUAGGAGAGGAGAAAGUGUGGGGAGCCUUUGGUUGCCACCCGCAUUUUGCCAAGGAGUAUAACCACGCUUAUGAGCAAAGCAUCAUGGGAGCUUUGCGUCACCCUAAGGCCAUUGCAUUCGGAGAGAUCGGUUUGGAUUACUCGUAUAAGAAUUCCACCGACUCAUGGAAGCAGAAAGAGGUGUUUGAACGGCAGCUGCAGUUGGCCGUCGCACUCGGGAAGCCUCUUGUCAUACAUUGCCGUGAUGCUGAUGAUGAACUGCUGAAAAUUAUGAAGAAGUGUGUCCCCUGGGAUUACAAAAUACACAGACACUGUUUCACCAACAGCUAUUCUGUGAUUGAGCCAUUCCUAAGUGAAUUCUCAAACCUGUGUGUGGGUUUCACUGGACUGGUGACGUACCAUCACGCUGUGGAGGCUCGAGACGCUGUGAGGAAAAUCCCACUCGACAGAAUCUUAUUAGAGACAGAUGCACCAUAUUUCCUACCCAGACAGGUGCCUAAGUCCACAUGCAGGUUUGCUCAUCCUGGUAUGGGCAUACACACUCUUCAUGAGAUUAGUCUGCUGAAGGAAGAGAGCCUAACCACAGUACUGCAAACAGUCCGGCAGAACACCAGACAUAUAUACGGCCUGUGAUUGGAAACUCCAUGUUACUAUAGGAACUGAAGUCCUUGGAAUCUUGGUCUAGCUGCCAUCUUGCUAAAAAAAGUUAAGAUUUAUAUUUGAAUGUACUGAAGUGUGUGCUAAUAAGUGUAUAAGCAUUGAUACUUAAGUUUUGUAAGUGUUGUAGGGAAUUUCACAUCUGUUAAAAAUGUUAAUAACGAUUAAUUUUAAUAUCUCUUCAGUUUUGUUUUAAAAUGGUUCUUUGUUCUCAGGGUUCUUUUGUUGUGUAUCUGCAUGCAUUCUUACAAGUUAUGUAUGCUUGUAAGUCAUAAGUGACAUAAAAUGCCAGCUUGUGUCUUCCCUUAUAUUAGAAUAAGUCAUUUUUCCUUACGCCAUCGUGUGAAAGUUUAUGCAAAAAAAAAAAUGUAAAACAGAUUGUGAAACCCACAACAAAUAGCUUUUACCAAGUUGUUGGUUUUAUAUAAAUGUAACUUUUGUAUAAAUAAGAAGAUUGAAUAAAUGAUAUUGUAUAUGCAAUAUGAGUGGGUUUAUGAAAAAAAAUUUUUUUGAGAAGAACAAGACUACUUUAAGACCUUUUUUUUUUUCUUUUCAUCCUUUAUUUUGUCAUUGUGGUGUUGGAAAAUUAUUACAUCAUUUCUACGUUACAAACAUUUUAAUGGUUUAUAAGGAGUUGAAUCUUGUAGAACUGGUAGCUCUUGUCAGAAUUCUGA